AUGAAACAAUUAAUUCUAUGGAUACAAGCUGCUUAUUUCGGAAUUUUGCCAAAGGAUAAUGAUUUGAAAAGGUUGACAGGGACAAAUUCUUAUGAUGACGAGAGACCACCUCCUUAUUGGUCUAAUUAA